AGCGGCUGCCGUCGGGUCGCCGCGGCUUUCGCUUUGCCGCCGCGGCUGGGCGGGCGAGAGCGGUAGGCUCGGCGGCCGGCGGUCCUCUCACACCAGCUCUCGCAGCGGCGAGGGGCGCUCUUCGUCCAGCCCUCCCGGUUCGCGGAUUACCUACCGAGGCGCCCGCGCCCCCCGGGCUCCCCGCCUCGGCCACUCCGCGUCCCCGAUGCCGAGGCAUGGAUAGAGCGGCGCUGCGCGCGGCGGCUAUGGGGGAGAAGAAGGAGGGCGGCGGCGGCAGAGCCGCGGCGGCCGCGGAUGGGGGCGCCGGGGCCGCGGCCAGCCGGGCGCUGCAGCAGUGCGGGCAGCUCCAGAAGCUCAUCGACAUCUCCAUCGGCAGCCUGCGCGGGCUCCGCACCAAGUGCGCCGUGUCCAACGACCUCACCCAGCAGGAGAUCCGGACCCUGGAGGCGAAGCUGGUCCGGUACAUUUGCAAGCAGCGGCAGUGCAAGCUGAGCGUGGCCCCCGGGGAGAGGACCUCCGAGCUCAACAGCUACCCUCGCUUCAGCGACUGGCUGUACACCUUCAACGUGAGGCCGGAGGCAGUGCAGGAGAUCCUCCGUGAGCUCACGCUGGAUGCCCUGCUGGACAUGAACGAGGCCAAGGUGAAGGAGACGCUGCGGCGCUGCGGGGCCAGCGCCGAGGAGUGUGGCCGCCUGCAGUAUGCGCUCACCUGCCUGCGGAAGGUGACAGGCCUGGGAGGGGAGCACAGAGAGGACGCGGGCUGGAGCUCGUUGGACGCCCGCCGGGAAAGUGGCUCCGGGCCUUCCGCAGACACCCUCUCGCCAGCCAGCCUGCCCUGGCCCCCGGGGAGUGCCCAGCUGGGCAGAAUGGGCAGCAGUGCCCAGGGCCCACGCUCCAUCUCCGUGUCAGCUCUGCCCGCCUCGGACUGCCCAAACCCCAGCCCCGGGGAGGGCCUCGCAGACCCCUGCAUCUCCCUGCAUGCCAGCGGCCGGCUGACGCCCCGCGCCCUGCCCAGCUUCAUCACCCCGCCGACCACGCCCCAGCUCCGACGGCACACCAAGCUGAAGCCGCCCAGGACGCCGCCCCCGCCCAGCCGCAAGGUCUUCCAGCUGCUGCCCAGCUUCCCCACGCUCACCCGGAGCAAGUCCCACGAGUCUCAGCUGGGGAACCGCAUCGACGAGGUCUCCCCGAUGAGGUUUGAUCUCCCGCACGGAUCCCCACAGAUGGUACGAAGGGACAUCGGGCUCUCGGUGACACACAGGUUCUCCACCAAGUCCUGGCUGUCCCAGGUCUGCCAUGUGUGCCAGAAGAGCAUGAUGUUUGGAGUGAAGUGCAAGCAUUGCAGGUUGAAGUGUCAUAACAAGUGUACAAAAGAAGCCCCUGCCUGUAGAAUAUCCUUCCUUCCACUAACCAGGCUUCGGAGGACAGAAUCUGUCCCCUCGGACAUCAACAAUCCAGUGGACAGAGCAGCCGAGCCCCAUUUCGGAACCCUCCCGAAAGCACUGACAAAGAAGGAGCACCCUCCGGCCAUGAACCACCUGGACUCCAGCAGCAACCCGUCCUCCACCACGUCCUCCACGCCCUCCUCGCCUGCACCCUUCCCAACGUCAUCCAACCCAUCCAGCGCCACCACGCCCCCCAACCCAUCGCCUGGCCAGCGGGAUGGCAGGUUCAACUUCCCAGCUGCCUACUUCAUUCAUCAUAGACAGCAGUUUAUCUUCCCAGACAUUUCGGCAUUUCCACAGGCAGCCUCGCUCCCCGACGCGGCCGACAGUUCCCGGCUUGAAGACCAGCCCAAAGCAGACCUGUCAGGGGAUCAUGAAGUGGAGGCUGAGGAGCCUGAGGCCAGCAAGUCGGAGGCGGAAGACGACGAGGACGAGGUGGACGACUUGCCCAGCUCCCGCCGGCCCUGGCGGGGCCCCAUCUCUCGCAAGGCCAGCCAGACCAGCGUGUACCUGCAGGAGUGGGACAUCCCCUUCGAGCAGGUGGAGCUGGGUGAGCCCAUCGGGCAGGGCCGCUGGGGCCGGGUGCACCGCGGCCGCUGGCACGGCGAGGUGGCCAUCCGCCUGCUGGAGAUGGACGGCCACAACCAGGACCACCUGAAGCUGUUCAAGAAGGAGGUGAUGAAUUACCGGCAGACGCGGCACGAGAACGUGGUGCUUUUCAUGGGGGCCUGCAUGAACCCGCCUCACCUGGCCAUCAUCACCAGCUUCUGCAAGGGACGGACGUUGCACUCGUUUGUGAGGGACCCCAAGACGUCACUGGACAUCAACAAGACCAGACAGAUCGCCCAGGAGAUUAUCAAGGGAAUGGGCUAUCUCCACGCCAAGGGCAUCGUGCACAAAGAUCUCAAGUCCAAGAACGUCUUCUACGACAAUGGCAAAGUGGUCAUCACAGACUUCGGGCUGUUUGGGAUCUCCGGCAUCGUCCGAGAGGGACGGCGUGAGAACCAGCUGAAGCUGUCACAUGACUGGCUGUGCUACCUGGCCCCCGAGAUCGUGCGGGAAAUGACCCCCGGGAAGGACGAGGACCAGCUGCCGUUCUCCAAAGCUGCUGACGUCUACGCAUUUGGGACUGUGUGGUAUGAGCUGCAAGCCAGAGACUGGCCUUUGAAGAACCAAGCUGCAGAGGCCCUGAUCUGGCAGAUUGGGAGCGGAGAGGGCAUGAAGCGAGUCCUGGCCUCCGUCAGCCUAGGGAAGGAAGUCACGGAGAUCCUGUCCGCCUGCUGGGCCUUCGACCUGCAGGAGCGGCCCAGCUUCCCUCUGCUGAUGGACAUGCUGGAGAAACUGCCCAAGCUGAACCGGCGGCUCUCACACCCCGGGCACUUCUGGAAGUCUGCUGAGCGCUGGCGGAGCCGCUACUACGGGAAAGGACGUUUCGGUCACCUUGACUUUAAGAACAACUGUACCGUCCUGGAGGAAUACAUUAACAGCAGCAAAGUUGUACCCCGGUUUGAAAGAUUUGGCUUGGGCGUCCUGGAGUCCAGUAACCCAAAGAUGUAGCCGGCUGUGCAGUUUUUCUGCUGAUGUAUUUCUUUCUUAAAUGUGUUUCUGAAACAUCCAAAUGACCACCGCGACAAAAAAACAACAACACUCUUUGAAAUGCCAGCCAUCCUCCUGAGCGCUGCAAACCAGGAACUCGUGUCCUCCGUUUACGCUGUUCCUCCGCAAAAACACUUGGAGCCCCGAGAUGGAGCUGCACCUGCUCUUUCUUAAGAUGACAUCGCCACCAACAAGACCUGUGCCAGCAAGAGGCAAAUGUUUACAUGCGUGUUUCUGCAGAGUUGGACAGGAUGUUGUACAAUAAUACAAGUGGCCCGCAUAGAGGUCGCUGGCACCCUCAGCCGGGAUGGCAGAAGUAACUGCCCCUCUGGAGGACCCCGUAGGCCGUGAGGCACCCACUCUGGGCCAGAGGAAGAAAAGCAUCGUGACUGUGGCUGUUCUCCGGGUAGGACGGGGAGGCACAAGGUUUGACCCAGCCUCUGUGUUGGUUCUAAACUCCAUCAGUGGGGAAUCGCCAUCUGUAGGCUUCUCCCCUGGUCCUCCAAAGGGAUGCGGUCCCUCCUCUGGCAGAGGAAACCCUGGCUGAGCACUGAGCUGGAUUAUGAGGGUGGGGAGUUCACAGAGCGCUUGGAUUCACCUCUGACCCCUAUAAUCCAGGAAAAGCACAGCCAGAAUCCAAAUGACAUCUAGGCUGAUCCAGUGGUUUCCAGCCAGGGUUUCCUCUGCCUGUGGAGAUGUUUCUUUCAUGAAGCCCCCAGGGACUAAGGAUCUCAGCUCUUAAGAUACAGCCCAAUCCUUGACUGACAUUUAACCCCUGAGCUAAGGCCCAGCCCAGCAGGUGCAUUCCAUGAAGGCCUUGUCUGUGAGAAUAGAGAAGGGAGAGGGAGGGAGACGGGGCAGAGAGGGUCCCUGAGCCACCUUCUCAACCGCAGGGUGCCCUGGCUGUCUAAAACCCAUCAUCAGUCAUGCCAGGUUUCCAGAACUGCACGCCUUCUCCACCCCUCAGUCCUGCUGAAGCCCCUUAGCCCACUCCUGACUCCUCCUCUGCCCGGGUUCAGAGCUCUUAGCGAAGGUGGGUGGCAUACCCCGCCAACCUCUUUCAUUUAGACCCACAUAGCAAGCCCUAACCUGCAGGGCCUUCCCAGGCACAGGUCAGGCCUUCUGCUCCUGUCCAUUUGAACCAGAGGAGGGAAAGUCCAGGAUAUGUGUCCUGCUUGUGUCCUCAUUAGAUGCUGUCACCUAGAGACAAAUGUUCUAAAUGGCAAAGCCCUACAGUGGACGUGAUGUCAUAUGGCACUCCAAAGCCAUUAAUGAGCAGGGGCCUUGAAAGUGGAGGGGAGUUUGGCUUCAGAUCUGGACCUUGCGUCUGCGCUCUGAGACAGGACGGGAAGCAUGCGACCCUCCCACCCGCUUCACGUAAACACAUCUGGCCAGGCCCCAGACCUUCAGAGCCUUCCCUGGGGUCUGGCCAAAUUAUCACGGGAAGUGGGCGGCUCUGCCUGGAAGCUGCGGGCAGGCUGGAAGGACCCCUUGGUGGCCCUGCUGGGAGGGCACAGCUGAGCGGCCCUGCAGCGUCCCCGGGCCUACGCGCCCAUCAGCGCCUCGGCCCUUCCCGCUCAGGGUGUGGGGAGGAAGACAGAGGAGCCGCAAACCAGUGGGACUUGGCUCUGCGGGACCGCACGUUUCUCCCCAUCAUCCCCUUGGCCCCCGCAUCUCACAGGCAAAGCCGCCUGGCGUGUGACUCCGCCUCUGGCCGUCAGGCUCCUCCCCCACAAGGCGGAGCCUUCCCAGAGGUCACAGCCUGUGCUUCUCACAUUUCCCCUCUGAACCCUGGGGCGCGCAAGUGAGCCCAGAGGUGGGACCGCAGCUGAGCAAGUCAGGCUCAACUCACAGCCCACAGAAGGUCAGUUGGGUUUGUUUCAUUCUCUGUCUGGGGGGGUCACACCCUGAGCUCAGUUCAGGAAGCUUUCACUGAGCGCCACUGUGCCCUGUGCAAGCGCCGGGGGCCCGCGAUGGGAGCAGCCACAGUGCCUGACCUUAGGGAACCCUGAGGGUGGAGCCGGGGGACACCCCUCCUCUCUCCAGGGCCCUGAGAUGCCUUGCUGCUCUCGGCCUGAGCCUCUGCACUGUCUGUCAUUUAAGAGAAAUGCCUGGGAAGCGGCCCCAUUCCCCCGUGAUCCCCCUCCCUGUCUGUUUCAGCGACUGUGAAUUGAGGUUAGGAAGGCAAGCUCGCCCUUCGUGUCCGCUCCCUGUCUGCCUUGGAAACACAUGAAGGACAGCAGAUACUGUGAAUCCAGCCCUCACAGCCCACUGUGAAAGGGAUGGAGCAGCUGGGAGGUCUCCUAGGUUGAGAGCUGCGGGGGCGGAGGGAAGUGGGGCUGCAGAGCUCCCCUCUGGGUCUGGGGGUGGAGCCCAAGCUUCAACCCUUCAGCCCCACCCCCUCCUUCCCCGCCUCACCUCCAAAACCCUAGGAUCUGUCUCUGCUGCCUUUAGCCGCCAGACCCCUGGGUCUCCAUCCAGCAAGUUCUCGGUCCGUCGUGAGACGUGUGUAGCAAAGCUGACCUCUCUGUGUCACCAAGUCAAAGACAUGUGCAGGGCCUGGCCUCCCUCUACCCGCUCAUGCAUUUCUUUCUGCGAUCACCCAGGAGAGUUGCCCGCCCUAUGAGGCCAUGCUGGCGGUGGUCUGUGCGGAUGUGGGAGCCAGGUGGAGACCUAAAUGUGAAGCCGUUUGGGGAGCUAGUGUGAUGCUGCCCGUCAGCCAGGAUUUCAUCUGGGGGUGCCAAGCCGGCGUCUUCUGUGGCCACGAGGCACACACUCGCUUUUUUGAAUGGGAUGUAAAGUUUGUACAGUAAAAGUUUUUAUAUUUUCUAUCAACCACACUUGUCUUCCAGAAAGGCUAUUAAUUUAAAUUAAAAUGGUUAGUAUUAA